GGGACCAUUUUAAUGAUUGCCUAAAGCUUAUAGCCUUAUAUUAAGAUCAGAUUUCCCUUUCCUUUAAUGAAGGAGACAAACUCAGUUUGAGGACAGUUCCUAGUUGGGAAGAAGCAAAAGCAUAGAGUGGAAGAAGAGCUUCAGUAAAAAAAAAUGGAGAGAGAAGAGAACAUUGUAAUUGUGGGUACUGGCAUAGCUGGUUUUGCUACUUGUUUGGCACUUCACAGGGUGGGGCUGCAGAGUAUUGUCUUGGAAUCAGCAGAUUCGUUGCGAGCGACUGGAUUUGCUCUGGCAUUAUGGACUAACGCCUGGAGAGCUUUGGAUGCACUGGGAAUUGGAGACUCUCUUAGACAAAGUUCCUUAUCCAUUACUGGGAUUAAAAGUUUCUCUGCGGAUUCAGGAGCACCUAUCAAGGAGGUAUCAUUUGUGGAUGAUAACUGUAUAGAUUAUGAAAGCCGUUGCGUGAGAAGGAAAGAUCUGUUGGAGAAAUUAGCGAAUGAACUGCCUCAAGGCGCUAUUAGAUAUUCUUCCAAGGUUGUUUCCAUUGAAGAAUCUGGACCAAUGAAAGUGGUACAUCUUGCAGAUGGUUCCACUAUUAGAGCUAAGGCCUUAAUUGGGUGUGAUGGAGUCAAUUCUGUGGUGGCAAACUGGCUUGGGCUUCAGAAACCUGUUUAUUCUGGGAGAUCUGCAAUUAGAGGGUUCGUUGAGUAUCCGGACAAACAUGGUUAUCAGCCUAAGUUCCAUGCAUUUUUUGGAGUUGAUGGAAAUGCAGAACAAGAUUCACUUAAACUGAAGCAAUUUGUGUUGAACAAGGCCAGUAAUGUGUCUAAAGAACUCUUCGCCGUUGUAGAGAGAACAACGCUAGACUGUAUAUCUUGCGCUCAGCUGAAAUUGAGAUUGCCGUGGAAUGUUUUGCUGGGGAAUAUUUUGAAGAAUAACAUUUGCGUAGUAGGUGAUGCACUUCAUCCCAUGACUCCAGACCUUGGUCAAGGUGGAUGUUCUGCCUUAGAAGACAGUGUUGUUAUUGCAAAAUGCCUCAGAGAAGCUUUGGUGAAACCGAUAACAGAUAGAGGAGUUGAACAAGAAGAUGAGGACGAGGACGAGGAGGAAUUUAUAAAGAUCAAAAAAGGACUUGAAAAGUAUGCUAAAGGGAGGAGAUGGAGGAGUUUUACAUUCAUCAGUGCUGCUUAUUUAUCUGGUUUUAUACAAGAGAGUGGUAGCAAGGUAAUCAGUUUCUUAAGAGAACGCUUUUUGGCUGGAGUCACUAUAGCAGUUACACUCAGAAUGGCUAACUACGAUUGCGGAAAACUCACUGUUUCUUGAAAUGUAUGUCCAUACAUCUCAAACUGUUGAACUGAAGAAAGAAAGAGGUGCCAACAUUGGUGAAAUUCCAACUUUUUUUGGCCAUUAUGAUAUACUAUUCUUCUUGUAUAACUUAGUCAACAGCAUAGUUUGUGGCAUGUUCCAUUGAAACUCCUCCCUGGUUAAUAAACAACAACCCAGUGUAAUUCCACAAGUGGGGUCUGGGGAGGGCAGUAUAUACGCAGCCUUACCCCUACCCUGGACGUGUAGAGAGAUUGUUUCGGAUAGACCUUUAGCGAAAAGGAUGAAGAAGCACCGAUAGCAAGUCCCUGGUUAAUAAACAAACAUUAUAAUUGCUUGGCUCUCCAGUA